GGUAUGUUGUCAAAGAAUUUUCUUUGCUCGCUGUUUUUUAAUGUUGAUUCUCCUCCAAUUAGUGAAUUUUCCGUGAUAAUUUUGACUGUGGUGCACGUGUGAAGUGAAACAGAUUGUGAGAAAAGGUGUGUUGUUUGAGAAAAUGAUUGUGCAGAACAGGUGCCGGGAGUGCUGUGAAAAUACCUUGGCAAUUUACGGAAAUGCUAAGUAAUACGUCGAGAAACAAAAUGGUGUUUCCAUUGUACAUUAUUUGAGGGGAAAGAAUCAAUAGUGUUGUGUGAAUAAUUGAGAGAUAGAGAUAGGAGGGACUUAGAGAGUGUGUAGACAUGUUUCCGCAAAUACAAUGUCCUGUGUGCAAGCUCUUCCUGCUCCAGGGGAUGACCCUGGAUUCUCAUUUAGACACUCACCCAAAGGACAGUGUCAUAUCUGCCCUUGUCUCAUUGACCCUGGGCAAUGGUGGUACUCCUGGUGGUGCCCAGGCAUCCCUCAUUGGUAUGCCCCAGGGAUCUAUGGGAGUGCCCCAGAACAAUCUCACGAUUGUCAACAGUCAAAGUACUCAGUUGAUUCGCCGGACUACAAUGCAGCAACCUAUAAAUACCUCAAAUCAGCCCUAUACUCUGGUACCAGCUCAGAUGAUCUCUGGUCCAGCCACAACAACCUGGCCCUACUGUCUCCUCCCACCCAAAUCAAAUUGUAAAUAUGAUAAUGAGCCUUAUAUGGCCACAGGGCAUUCUGCCAAUGAGAGCCUCUACUCUGAGGGUCAAUCUGAACCCAUGGCUGAGGCUGAGUGGGAUUAUUACGAAGGUGAGGGACAAGAAAGUGCAAUACAGACAAAUCAGGAGGAUUCUGAGGUUCAGGAUGGGGAAAAUGCGUAUCCGGAAGAUUGUAAGGAUGAUGAGCAGAUUGUAGAGCCACCGAAGGAGGAGUCACAUGAUGAAGAUGUGGCUGACGAGGUGCAAGAGAUAAAGACUGAUCAGCCCAAAGCACGCCGACGUUUUAGGGUGCUCAGUUCGGUCACACUUUCUCCUGAGAGCACUCUGAAAAUGCAAGAUAUUAUCUAUCACCAGUCAACGGUCAAAGAAUCCACCAGUACUUUAAGUAAUUGUCCAGAGAAUUUAUUGGGAAGCUCUAAGAAGGUGUCGGAUGAUGACACAAAACUAACAGAGUGUUUGACAGCUGCCAAGACCAGUGUUAUUCGGAUGGUGACUUCAGCAUCUGUGCCACUUCCGUUGCCAUCAUACAUAAAUCUAGAGAAAAAACCGAAAGUGGAAGUGAAAGAGGAGAAGCAGGAGCAGGAGGAGGAGGAGCACGAGGAGCAGGAGAAGAAGAAGGAAGAGGAGACAAAGGAAUCAGAAACACUGCCAGCCAGAUCAUCAAAUUUUCCCACUACAAGUCCCAGGAAAUUCCUCAGUAAAACACCAAAGAAAUUGGUUGUUAAAUUCAAGAAUCCCAUUGUCAUCCAUGAUACACCUGAUGAGGUUAAAAUUGAACCUCCGUGUGAGGUGGAGAUCAAUAAGGUUGCAGUGGGAGAGCCAUCGACAUCGGCAGAAGGGCAAAAGGCAGGAGAUGAGGAAGGUGCCAAGGAAGGGGAGAAGCCUGAACUAUUAGCUGAUAUCAAGGAAGAGAAAGAGGAGGCUUCCAAAGUCAAAGAUGAGGAUUGUCAGAAAAUUGAAGAUACACCUAAUCAGGAUGAUUUUAAAGUGCAAGAAAUCAAAGCGGAAGAAGUUGCAAUGGAAGAUGAAAAACAAAAUCCAGUGAUAACAGUGGAGGAUGAUAAGGGUGAGGUAGAAAAAGUCCCAGAAGCCACUGCAGCCGAAAAAGAAGUGAAGAAAGAUGAGGAGGAAUAUCCACAGGAAUCAAGUAGUGUGGUGAAGCCAAUCUUUACAAUUCAAGUGGAAAUGUCCCCUGAGCCUACUAAGAUGGAAAUUGAUCCUGAGACAAGACCACCACCAGAGGUGCCCACAUCCAAACCACAAGUGUUCACAAUUAAAGAGGAGGAUGGGGAUAAAAAGGAAGAGAAAGUUUUUCCAUCAUCUUCCUCCUCUUCGUCUUCCUCUUCCUCGGCAUCAUCAUCAGCUGGCACUUCAGCUUCUUCCUCCUCAUCAGCGUCAUCGUCAGCUGGAACAUCGUCCAAUCAGGCAGAAUUCACAGCUCCCAAUUCCCAGGGAUUCUUCGAGGAAGCCGCUGGACCCAGUAGAUUUGACUAUGGCUUCACGGAAUUCCUGGGAUACAAUGAGAGUGAAGGUGAUAUAUUUUCCAAUGAUCGUUCUGUUCGCUUCUCACCCAUGGCCAUCAUGAAUGAAGAUCUGUCCUGGGAACAGUAUACACAGUUGGAGAGUAAUCAGAAUUCCUAUGUGGAUCUCGAUACGUGUCGAACGCAUUCGAUGGGCGUUAGUCGAGCCCCAUCGGCUGAUAGCCUCAAUAUCAGGACAGAUGAGAAGAUGCCGGCCAAAGGAGAAAUUUCUGAGCAGGAGAGCAAUGGAGAUAUUGAUGGUCUUUGGAAUAUUCCGGUUUAUCCCAACUGCGAUGCCGCACCGAGAUUCUCCAGUUCAUAUGACAUGUCCGUGGCCAGGGAAAGCUGGAGCCUGAGCAGUGAUCAGAAUAAUCAGCAGGAUGCCUCACACAUUGCCACCCAUAUUAUUCCAAAAUUCACUUCUUUGGCUGCGCAGAAUGGGGAGGAUCAGAAAACACUGGUUCCUACCCUGGCAGAUCUGGACAGUUCAUCUAGUUUCAAGAAGAAUGCCGAGGAGAAAAAAAAGCCUUUCGUGAGAGUACUAAAAUAUCCCUGUUCGAUAUGUUCACGUUCUUUUAGGCUCUACCGUCAGAGAAAGUAUCACAUGUUCAAUGAUCAUCAGGAAUUUCUUGCAUCUGAGAGGAGAAAUAAACAAUUCAGAACAAAAGUUCAAACCGACCCAUCUGCUGCAACAUCAACGACAACGUCAGGAGCAAGCUUGAGUCAGUCGGAGGAUGAUAAGGCCACCAGUUAUCCCACCUCGACCUUCUUCAUUGACUUCAAUAUCAAACAGAUGAAAGACAAGACAACAAUCACGAGUGAACUGCAGGAUCUCGUGACGGCAUUCAAUACGAAACGUUUGUACUUCUGCAUGAUGUGCAAGGGGCAGUACUCAAAGAUCAGGGACUACGAUAAGCAUCUGUCCAUCCAUCCGGCUGAGUGUUAUUCGUGUGGGAAAAUGUUUAAGAGCUGGAAGACACUGCUAAAUCACCUGAAGCGCCAUUUGGGCAUGAUUGAGUACAUUUGUCGUCUGUGCGACAAGCAAUUCUCCAGUCGACAGAGUCUGACGGAGCACGAGAGGAUGCAUACGGGAGAGACACCGAUAAAGUGUAACAUGUGUCCACGGACAUUCCGUCGGCAAUCGAAUUUGUUGCAGCACAAGAAUAACCAUCAUAUGAAAAUUCGGCCACGUGUGAAGGAUUAUCUGUGUCACUGUGGUGAGGUAUUUCAUACAAAAGCGAAAUUUCUUUGGCACAAGGAGACACACGAGAAGAUACCCAAGGGUUGUCCGUUCUGUCGGGAGCGUUUUAUCCAUCGUAACAGUCUUUCACGGCACAUCCGAUUGGCACAUGCUGAGAAGUAUAUUGAGUUGAAUAAGGAAACUGUGACGUGUCAUAUUUGUGAGAAGCACUACCUGAAGACCAGCAUAAAGACGCACAUGUUGAUUCACACAGAACAGGUGAACUUUGAGUGUAGUAUCUGCAAUAAGUCCUUCAGCACCAAGUGGAACCUCAAGAUGCACAAAUGGAUUCAUGCAAGUCGCACAGCCAUGCCCUUCAAGUGCUCCAUAUGUCCCAAGGCAUUUAUACGCCAGAGUGAUCUUCAGGAUCAUAUCAAUCGUCACAAGUCCAUCAAACCCUUCACCUGUGACUACUGUGGAUGCCAAUUUGGGCGGAAGUACAAUUGGUUGCGUCAUACACGUGAGCACAUUACCGAGAAGCAGCAUACGUGCAACAUUUGUGGAAAAUCCUUCCACAGGGCCUACUAUCUGAAGGAACAUUCACGCUCUCAUACCAACGAACGGCCCUAUGAGUGCAUCAUUUGCGGAAAGACUUCGGCCACAAAGACAAAUCACAAUAAACAUGUUAAGAUUCAUCAUGCGAGGGAUCCGUUGACAGCUGAGGGACACCCACAACGUGUCGCAAGGUGUAGUUAUCACAUCGAGAUCUUUCUAACGAAAUUUUGUCAAAACGAGUUUUAUUACAAAUUUGACAAAAUUUUUCAUAUUUUACAUGGAAAAACUUCAAAUUUUUGUCGCAUAGUGAAUCGUGAUCUUUAAACACGAUUAUAUCCCCCAAUUAACUUUUUAGAUAUAAAAAUCAUCGUAAAAAAAAGAAGAAAUAAGAAAACUAUUGUGAAAUAAA